AAGAAGACUUUCCCUCCCCCACCUACCGCCGCACAUACUGUGCGUGAGUAAGCAGAAGCUUUCCCGAGAGCGUGCGUGUGAGCUGCGUCGGUGGUGAGAUCAUGGCGUUGCUGUCGUCGUCCGACGACGAGAAGGAGCUGCUGAACCAGGCGCAUCAGCUUGUGCGGGCAGGCGCUUCGUACCGGUUUGUGACAAGGGACCUUACGCUGUGGAAGGCGCAUCCGUCGCUGACGGCUGUGUACCGGCUGGGCCGCAAGGUCGGCUCGGGCACCUUUGGCGUUGUGUACACUGCGACGCAUCGGGCGUCAGGGAUCAACGUGGCACUAAAGCACUUCAAGAGCUCCAAGUGGUCCGACCGCGAGCGUGACUCGCUGCUGGGCAAGAAGACGCUGCCUUCCGUUCUUGUGCGCGAGCUGGAGUUUUUGAUCGAGGCACAGUCGCCCAACGUGCUGGGCCUCUACGACGUGCUGGUCCCGCUCAAGCCGGCGGCUGUGCCGGGCGGUCUCCCUCCGGCCAAUGUAUUUAUGGCGUGCGAGCUGGCCAUGUUCGAUCUCGAGUCGUUCCGCACCACGUUCUCACUCAACUCGCCUGUGCGCGCGUUGCUCUCCCAGUCUGUAGUGGAGGACACCAUCCGCGGGAUAGUCUACGCUCUGGCGUGUGCGCUGAGCACGUGCCACGAGCGGCGGAUUGUGCACUGCGACAUCAAGCCGGCCAACGCGCUGGCCUUUGCUUCGGGCGGGGUCAAGGUCUCGGACUUUGGCCUUGCCAAGCGUAUCCCGAUUGCGCAUGGAUACGACGUGUACGAUCGCGCGCGCCAGCGGCUUGUCUCGCUCUGGUACCGCGCGCCGGAGCUUGUCCUCCGCUUCCAGCACUACACUCCCAAGAUCGACGUGUGGGCCCUUGGGUGUACCAUGGCGCAGCUCAUUCUGGGCACGCCGCUCUUCCGGGCCAAGACUGAGGAGGUUCUCAUCUCGAACAUUGUCGACAUUCUCGGUACGCCCGACACUUCCGACUGGCCCGACCUUGUCAAGCUGCCGUGGACCGCGUCGGAGGCCUCUCUCAUCUACGCGCCGCUGCUGAGGCUCCAGCCGAUGCACUCGAUGCGACCGCUGCCGUCGUGCCUGUGGCGCAAGAUCAAGCCGCACGCCGGCCGCCUCGAAUUUGACGUCCUGGAGGCCAUGCUCACGUACAACCCCGAGUCGCGGAUCUCCGCCAACGAACUCAAGAAGCAUGUUUACUUUGCCGAUGUCCGAACGCAUCCUGAAAAGUACCGCCGCCUGCUGAGCCAGGUUUUUGCCGCCAUCGCCUCGCCGACCUCGUUUGAGCUCGCGGCCUCGCGCUCCUCCCACCGCCGCACCUCGGAGUUUGACAUGCUCCUCGUCUCGCAGAAGUCGGCUACGGCGACGUCGUCAAAGCGCAAGCGCUCGUCCUCGUCGACAUCCCUCUCCUCCGCCGCCAUGCGCUCCCGUUCUCGCAUGCGCAAGUCGUCACGCGAGGUCAUUGUCGUCUCGUCGUCGUCCGACAGGAAGCGCGGCGCCCGCAGCUCGCGCGACCUCGAUCAGCUCGAGGACCCGAACGCGUCUGAGGAGACCGCCACACACUCGCGCCCCUCCAAGAAGCCUCGCACGCUCUCGGGCGUGGCUCGAUGAUGUACCCUCCUCCACGUUUGUAUGGCGUGCCAGCAUUGAACUCGCAGCCAGCUUGUG